AUGACUUAUAUCAUUAAUACUCCCCAGCCGACUACAGCAUUUGAUCCAAACUCAACGGUUUGCAGUGUACCUUUCAUUAACGACAGUUCAUUAAUUGAAUUAAGGGAUUCGACAGUAAAUGAAUCAUUAAAGGCGUCAUUAAUGAAAAUCAUUGAUUUUAAUUCAUUCAUGAAUACAUAUAAUUCAUUCAUUAAUGUUUCAUACACUUCUAAAGAAGGUAAGCCAAAAACUAUAGAUAAAGCGGUGUAUGAAAUAAAAGCACCAAUGACGAAAUUGAAUUCGUUAACUUUUGACGGUGAUAGUUUCGUUAAUGACAUAACAUCGGGGAAAACAAUUUUAACGAAAGAAUACUUAAAAUCUCAUGUUAGUGAGUUCGUUGAAAUUGAAAAAGAAGGUGGAAUUAAGUUCGAUCCACUGAAUUUCAUUUUCAGCUUAGCGAAUGCGGGUAUUAAUUUCGCUGAAUGGACAACAAUACAGAGUGAAAUAAACGCAAUAUGGACGUUUUUGGGGUCAAAAGCUGGAAUGGGUGAGCUUGUAAAUGCUGCAAGAACAUUAGGUGAAACGGGAAAUUUUGUAGAUGGUUUUAAAAGACUUGUUUCAAAUGUUUUGACAAACACAAAGAAAUUAUUUAGAUAUACCGUACAUAACGGACGGAUUUUCGAACAGAUAGCAACAAACCCACCGGUUAUGACUGCGUUGAUGAUGGUUAGAGACAUAAAACCACGUAACGACGGGAACGAAGAACAUGAACAACAGGAUACGGGUCGGGUUAUUCGAGACAUUAAAAACGUGUAUCCUGAAGUUAUUGAUUUAUUUAGAGGUGUUAAUGAUUCGAUUUCAAAUCAUUCUAUAACCCUCAAUGAAGAGAAUAAAUUAACAGAUUAUAUAUUCGUCAUUAUUGCAGAAUUAAUGAAGAGAAUAAAUGAAAAAGGAAUUGGUGAUAUCAUUAAUGUCAGCGAUGUAAUGAUGAAAAGAAAUUUUGACUCAUUAUUUACAAAACCGAAAACAGAAUAUAGUCUUUAUGACGUAAUUACCGAAUUAAUGAAAAAGAUUAAUGAUAAUAAGAGUUCUGGCGGAAGAGUUGAAUUAGAAGUGAAUGAUGUUAAUGAGAAAUUAGCCGAAAAAGCAGAUAAAAACCAUGUUCAUUAUAUAACUUCAGACGAACAGAUUAUAACGGAUUACCAUGGAUAUUUAACACAGGAUGAAGAAGUGAAGACGAAAGAUGUUAAUGAAAGAAGAUAUAAAUUCAUUCGUACUAAAGGUUAUGACAUACACUGUACUGUACAGUAUGACACAGGUAUAGCACCACAAACAUUUGGUUAUAACGCUGAAAUUUAUGCUUCAUACUUCUUUGUUAACGGUGUAUUAGUUGAACCAAGAUUUAUGUUAAGAGUUAAGGCAAAAAUAACUUUUGAAGAUGCUAUUAAAAGUAAAGCAGACAAAAAUGAACUUGACGCAAUGAACAAAGUUUUGAAAUCUCAUAAACACAAUAUCUCCGAUAUAAAUGAACUUCAAACUUCUUUAGACAACAAAGCAGACAAAAACCAUACACACGAAUUCUUCACAACUGUUAGAGCUGAUGACAUAAUACUGAACUUUGACCUUGGUUCAAGUGCGCCUUUAGAGAAUCCAAGCACUAGCGUAAAAGACUCGCUUAACAGUUUAGAUAACAGUUGCAGGAACAUUGAAGGUCAUGCCAGAAACUUUGAAGCACAUGAACUACCAGCAAUGUUAGAUAAGAAAGCUGACAAAAAUCAUACACAUGAAUUCUUCACAACUGUUGGUAUAGAAAGUAUUGAAGGAACGGUUGAAGGAACUGAUGGGGAUGCUUUAUAUUAUAAACCUCCUAACUUUCCACAAGGUUUAACAUCGAAUGAAAACAUAACAACGAAGAAAGACAUUAGAUGUAAAAAUGUUUAUGUCAUGAAUGAUGAAAAUAACGUUAAAUUCACUGCUCAAGAUUUAUAUGACAACAAAGCAGAUAAAAACCAUACGCAUGAAGAAUUUCAAACAAUCAGGAUUAAAGAAAUUAAUGCAUACAUUGAAAAAGUAACAAAAACAGGAAGAGACGGUACACCUUUAGUUGAACAAAAUAUUUAUCCUCCUACUUUUCCUAAUGGUUUAAUAACAAACAAUAUAAAUAUUGUAGAUGGCGAUGGAUUUAUAAAUGUUAAACAUGAGCUUCAAACAUUAAAGACUGAAAUACUUCAAACAUUAUAUCCUGUUGGCUCGAUUUAUACGUCAAUGAACUCAACAAAUCCAGCAAGUGUUUUAGGUUUUGGUACGUGGAAGCAGAUUGUAGAUAAAUUCUUAUACUGUGCUAGAUAUUCAAAGCAAACAGGUGGUUCGAAGAAAAUUAAAGAAGCAAACCUUCCACCGCACACUCAUACAGGAACUACAAACUUUUCUGGCGACCAUAGCCACUCAUUAAGAGACCACCCAUUAUACAACUCAGAAUAUGAAGCUGGCAAUGACGUUUUAUCUCCAUCUUAUAACAAUGCAGCAAAAAAGAUUUUUCGACCAACUGAACCAGGAGGAAAUCAUUCACACACUUUCACAACAAAUCCAACAGGCUCGGGUGCAGAUUACAUGCCACCAUUUGUGACUGUAUUCGCAUGGUACCGCGUUCAAUGA